CGUCGUUUCCAAGUUGAUGUCAGCCCCAAAGAAGCCUGAGAAACUCCUCCCGUCUCAAAAUUAUGAGUGAACAACAGCAAGAUGAAAUGGCCGCGUUGGUUGAAGGCAGCGGAGGGUUUCUUCAAAAGCGAAACUCUAAUACCGGACAGGACUCUCAGCAGCCGUCUCCUUUAGCUCUACUGGCAGCAACCUGCAGUCGGAUUGACACUCCCGGGGAGAACGAGGCCGUGUCAGAGCAGCAGCACUCCCAGCAGCAUAGCCAGCAGCUCGACCUUAACCAGGCCCAGCUGGCCCAAACCGCCAACGGCUGGCAGAUCAUCCCGGUCAGCGUUCAGUCGCCUUCCAGCUCAGGCAGCAUCACCACCGUGGCACCGGGACACGCCGUAAUGACGGGAGAUGCAGGGAAGGGCAGACAGGCGGUGGUGUCCGGGGCAGGGGCCCACCAGGGCCAGCAGCAGUAUGUCGUGGCUUCGGCGCCGACCCUGCAAGGCCAGCAGGUUCUGUCGUUAUCAGGGGUGGUGCCCAACAUCCAGUACCAGGUGAUCCCACAGUUCCAGACUGUGGAUGGACAGCAGCUGCAGUUUGCACCGGCCCAGCAGGACACUACAGCUGCGGGGGCAGGGCAGUUCCAGUUGGUGUCCUCGCCCGGCGGCGGACAGCAGUUAAUUGCAACCGCCAACCGGGCAGGGGGUGCUGGGAACAUCCUGGCCGUGCCUGGCCUUAUCCAGCAGGCCAUUCCCAUACAGAACCUGGGCUUGGGCAACGGCGUGUUACCAAAUCAGACGCAGUUCUUGGCCAACAUGCCUGUGUCGCUGAAUGGGAACAUCACUCUGCUGCCCGUGAGUGCGGGGGCGGCUGGAACGGGCGGGGGGGACGCUGGCGGGGGCGGCGCGGCAGUGACCUCCCAGCAGCUCCUGCAGCAGCAGCCGGCGUCCUCUGCUGGCGGGACGGGGUACUACACCAGCUCAACCACCUCCACUACCCAGGCAGCUACGUCGUUCGGAGCGGUGACACAGGCUCAGAGCAACAGCGGAUUCCAGACUUCAGCGGGUGGGGUCUCGGUCCAGCCUGACGGCAGGGACGGGCAGCAGCAAAUUCUCAUCCAGCCCCAGCAGCUUCUCCAAGGGGGCCAGUCCCUGCAGACCAUCCACACGGGCGCGGUGUCCGGCGGCGGCCAGGUGUUCGCCGCGCAGACCCUCUCGCAGGACGCCCUGCAGAACCUGCAGAUCCAGGCCAUCCCCAACAGCGGCCCCAUCCUGGUGCGCACAGUGGGGGCCAACGGCCAGGUGAGCUGGCAGACGCUGCAGCUGCAGGGGCCGGCCGGGGCCCAGAUCACCCUGGCCCCUCUCCCACAGCUGGCACAGACGCAGGGAGGCGGCGCGGGAGGCGUGGCGGUGAACACCGUGCAGAUACCGGGCCUGCAGACCAUCAACCUGAACACACUGGGCAACUCAGGACUACAGAUGCACCAGCUUCAGGGGGUCCCCAUUGCCAUUGCGAACACCACAGGAGAGCAGGCGCUACAGGGCGGGGACAGUCUGGACGACAGCACGGCGAUGGACGACGGGGACACCAGCCCGCAGCCGCCCAGCCGGCGCACGCGCAGGGAGGCCUGCACCUGCCCCUACUGCAAGGACGGGGAGGGCCGCAGCAGCGACCCGGGCAAAAAGAAGCAGCACAUCUGUCACGUCCCCGGCUGCGGCAAGGUGUACGGCAAGACCUCCCACCUGCGGGCUCACCUGCGCUGGCACACGGGCGAGCGGCCCUUCGUCUGCUCCUGGGCCUUCUGCGGGAAGCGCUUCACCCGCUCCGACGAGCUGCAGCGGCACAAGAGGACGCACACAGGAGAGAAGAAGUUCUCGUGCCCAGAGUGCCCCAAACGCUUCAUGCGCAGCGACCACCUGUCCAAGCACAUUAAGACCCACCAGAACAAAAAAGGCGCCAACGCCGGCGCUGCCGCCGACACCCCCGUCUCCGUCUCCGUAGGCACGGAAGCUGGCGCGGGAGGAGGCGUGGCUGCGGAUCAGCACGGCCUCAUCACCAUGGAAACUCUGUCGCCGGAAGGCAUCGCGCGAUUGGCCAGCAGCGGCAUUAACGUCAUGCAGGUGGCGGACCUCCACUCCAUAAACAUCAACAGCAAUGGCUACUGAG